UUAUUCUUUGUCCCCCCAACUCAUCUAUUUAAUUCAACCUCCUUCCUCGCAUUUUCUCACACCAAUUUCCUCUUCUUCAUCAUCGUUAGGCCAAUCUCUUUCUCUGGCCCUUCAUUCUCUCAGUGGGACAAAUGGCUGUCAUGCAACUUUUUCUUGUGGGUUUAUUCUCAAUAACCAGAUUUGGAUUCGCCCAUGGCUGGACCAGCGCUCAUGCUACAUUUUAUGGCGGCGGUGAUGCAUCCGGCACAAUGGGUGGGGCGUGUGGAUAUGGGAACCUAUACAGCCAAGGAUAUGGCACCAACACAGCUGCUCUGAGCACUGCUCUGUUCAACAAUGGCCUCAGCUGUGGAGCAUGCUAUGCAAUCAAAUGCAACAAUGAUCCACAGUGGUGCCUUCCCAAUACAAUAGUGGUCACUGCAACAAAUUUCUGUCCGCCCAACAAUGCACUACCUAACAAUGCAGGGGGAUGGUGUAAUCCUCCACUCGAGCAUUUCGAUUUGUCAGAGCCUGUGUUCCAACACAUUGCUAAAUACAAGGCUGGGAUAGUACCUGUUAUGUACCAGAGAGUGCCCUGCAACAGAAAGGGCGGAAUUCGAUUCACCAUUAAUGGCCAUUCCUACUUCAAUUUGGUGCUUAUCACUAAUGUUGGAGGAGCAGGGGAUGUGCACGCAGUCUCCAUAAAGGGAUCUAAAACUGGGUGGCAGCCAAUGUCACGAAAUUGGGGCCAGAAUUGGCAGAGCAACAGCUACUUGAAUGGGCAGAGUCUGUCAUUUCAGGUCACUACCAGUGAUGGGAAGACAAUUACCUCCUACAAUGUCGCUUCAAACGGCUGGCAAUUUGGCCAGACUUUUAGCGGCGCCCAAAUUUAACUGCAGACAGAGAAAUUCUCUUGCUAUUCUCUAAAAUAUUUACUCACAUAUGUAGCCAAGGAAGGCAUCUGAAAUAGUUUUACUCACAUAUGUAGCCAAGUAGGCAUCUGAAAUAGUUUUUAAGUUUUUUAUAUACCCACUGGUGAUUUAUUACAGUGCUGUGGCUGCACUGGUUAUGAAAGGCAGCAGCAGCAGUCGGUCUCAUGUGACCAUGGUUUUGAUUUAAUUAGCAGGACAUAGGUAGUGCAUUGGGCUUAAGCCCCUGGCAGAGGUGGACUACUGAGUCACUGACACCCGCCCUUCUGCGCAGUUAUUUUCUAUAAUUAGAAGCUUCCUGACUGUGUUUUUCCAGAGCACAACACUUCUGCUCUUAACAGAGGCAUUCCUUGUGCUUACAUUGUAAAUAUCAGUUGAUUGACAUAUAUAUAAGUAAUAAUUGUGCUUGUUGAA